AUGUUCUUUGCCUUUGUCCAGUUCAUCGGCAUCGCCUUCUUCACCCUGGGGUUCUUGUUGAAACGUGAGGUGCUGCCCAUAGUGCUGGAUAUUGCUCCCAUCGACGCCAGCUACGAUAAGGCCGUUGUCUUUGUCAUCGACGCCCUCCGCUUUGAUUUCACUGUCCCCGUGCAGAACUCGUCGAAGCCGUACCACAACAGCUUGCCGAUUCUCUAUGACCUUGCUCAGACGCCGCAGGGGGCCCUCCUCAAAUUUGUUGCCGACCCCCCAACAACCACGCUUCAGCGGCUUAAAGGGAUGACGACGGGGUCGUUACCGACGUUCAUCGAUGCCGGCAGCAAUUUCGACGGCACUGCCAUCGACGAGGAUAACUGGUUGCUCCAGCUCCACCGCCAUAACCGCACAGUGGCGUUUAUGGGCGACGAUACUUGGGACGCGCUCUUCAGCCAGUACAUCGACCCUAACCUCAACUUCCCCUACGACUCGUUGAACGUGUGGGACCUCCACACCGUCGACAACGGCGUCAUCGACCACAUGUUCCCCUUGCUUGACCAGCCCCACCAGUGGGACGUGCUCAUUGGCCACUGCCUCGGCGUCGACCAUGUCGGCCACCGUUACGGCCCUAACCACUUCACGAUGAAGGAGAAGUUGCUGCAGAUGAAUCAGGUGAUCGCCGACAUCAUCGACAAGCUCGACGACCGCACUCUCUUGGUGGUGAUGGGCGACCACGGCAUGGACGAAACGGGGAACCACGGCGGCGACGCCCCCGACGAGGUAGAGCUGGCGAUCUUUUUCUACAGCAAAAAGCCGUUGCCGUUCCACAAGCUUGAUUCAAGCCACUAUAAUAUUUCCAACGCUGGCGCCGACUAUCGUCGGGUAAACCAGAUCGAUUUGGUACCGACAAUGUCGGUAUUGCUUGGGCUACCCAUCCCUCAUAACAAUUUAGGGUUCCCCAUUGAGGAGGCAUUCUCUUCCCACGCCCAGUGGGCGGAAGCUGCCGAGGCGUGUGCUCGCCAAUUGGACAAUUUCCACCGCCUCACCGAGUUGAAACUGGCACCGUUACCCGCUAAAUACGACGCUAAUGAGGCCGCCGCGUUCCAGCACCGGCUACUCGAAGAGUGCCACCGGAUGUGGGCCGAGUUUGACCUCGUCACCAUGAGUUUGGGCAUUCUCAUCAUCUUCCUCGCCCUCACGUUUAUCCUCACCUACGCCCGGCUGAUCCCCUCGGUGCGGGUGCUGACGAUGCUGUUUGAGUUUAUCGGGCUGGUGGUGGCGAUGCUGCUUUUGGGCGUGGUGCUCAGUUUCUCCGUAUACAUCGUGCUUAAACCCGCCGAUUUUACCCUUAAAAAAUGUAUUGGCGUCGGGGCUCUGCUCGGCACCAUCAUCGGCUUCUGGGCCCCGAUCAUGGACCGGUUCAGCGUCAGCUGGUUGUUGCACCAAGUGAAAGACUUUUUCGUGUACAACUUCAACACGUGGUCGUUCAUCGGCCUCAUGUUCGUCGUCCUCCACACCCUCGUGUUUGCCCUGAACUCGUUCGUGGUGUGGGAGGACCAGAUGAUCAACUUCUUCGUGGUGACGUUCGGCUUCGCCCUCGCGUUUGCCUGUGCCACUCUGGACAAGUUGACUCCCGCUACCAGGAUCUUAGGCCUAAGCCACGCGGUGACAUUCACGGUGUUGCUGCGAGCUACCGCCGCCAUCGGCAUCUGCCGCGAGGAACAGCGCCCCUACUGCGUGCCCCUGUUCGCAACGCAGUGGUGGCUGUUGGUCCUCCUCUUCGUGGUGGCGUGGUUGUUGCCGGCGGUGAUUAUGCAUUUCUACAAGCUCCUGGACCUGUACCACUCGGCGGCGCCGUUGUGGGUGGGCAAGGGGCUCAAGCUGGUGUUGGUGGUCAACGCGGUCUACUGGCUGGUCGAGUGGCUCCAGCUGUACGAGCCCGUCGCCGCGUGGGUCCCUUUUGUCAACGGCUACCUCGUUAAAGCGAUCAAGCUCUCGGUGGCGCGGCUCAUGUUGUUCUCGACACUCUUCAUGGCCAACUUGAGCUGGUCCAAGGGGCCGCUCUGUGUCAAGUUGGCCAACGGCGGCGACCGCCAGACGAUCUUGGGGUACAACAACGUCUACGGCUCAAGCUACUUCUUGUUGGUGCUCAACUUCUUGGCGGCGGUGAUGUUGGUGCUGAAGCCGAUGGCGGCGGUGCUGUUGGCGAUGUUGGUUGUCCAGAUCUUGCUGUUGCUCGAGUUGUUCGACAUGUUGGAUAUCCGCCGCAACGUCGUCACCCCGAUCGUGUUCACCCUCUUGGGGUACCAGCACUUUUUCUCCACCGGCCACCAGGCGACGAUCCCCAGUAUCCAGUGGGAGGUGGGGUUCAUCACCACCGAGACGAUCUGGUUCCCCUUCACCCACUUGAACAUCGUCCUCAACACGUUUGGCCUGUUUAUCGUGGUGGCGUUGGCGAUCCCCUUGAUCACGUUAUGGAAGAUCGUCCCCCUGAACAAGCCCAUCACCGUGCUCCUGCAGGUGAUCACCAACGUCACCACGAUGAUCACCUACCAGAUCGUGGUGUCGUUGCUGUCGCUCUUGUUUGCCGCCCACUUCCGCCGCCACUUGAUGGUGUGGAAGAUCUUUGCCCCCAGGUUCAUGCUCUCGGGGAUGCUCAUCAUCGUCCUCAACGUCGUGUUGGUGUUGGUGACGUUGUGGUUCGGCACGGGCAAGGUCGUCACCCAGGUAAACCGCAUCUUUGGUAAGUAA